GACGUUCUAGUCACAUAUGUAGAUAAAUAGAUGUCUAUCGUUCCAGUAGCCAAUUGCGCUUCGUCGAGUCAUACCGAAAGUGAAAGUACAGUUUAGAUGACCCCGAGUAGUUGCAAACACAAUACAUUCUUCUUUUGACACAAAAGAGGACAGAAUACUUAGAGGAGCUUGUGAGAAACAAAAACAUGGCCUCAAGAGGGACCUUCAUCAUUUUAAUUACUGUCAUGUUUGCUGCAAAAUCUGCUCAAUCUUUUGUUAAAGUGGACUGUGAGGAAACAAACGUUGGGCAGCAUGGUCAUCAGUCAAUGCUAAAAUGCGUUGUCCAACCCACGCAGGACCAGGCUUCUGACUUUGAAAUCCAGGCAAUCAUUUGGACAAAGGUUGAAAUGGAAAAACCCCUGUUAGUUUAUGAUAACACGGAUUUGAAGACAAUGCUACAACGCUACAGGCUUGCUGAGGAACCCCAAAAUAAGAAGCAUAAUGUGUCCCUGCUCAUCACAGACACCAAGGCCGCCGAUGAUGGAGAGUACACUUGCACGGUGGUCACUGAUGUCGGUGAUAACACCCAGACAACAAGACUCACUGUGAGAGCUAUUUAUAGCGAACCCACAAUAAAGCUUUCCAACGUAAAGAAGACACCCAAUACUGACAAAUCAUUGAUCUGUAAGUCUGAAGGUGGCUUCCCAAAAGGUGAACUCCGCUGGUUUGACGAACACGAAGUGGACUGGACCAAAAGUGCCACAUUUGAAGCAAAAAAGAUGGAGAAUGGACUUUUUCAGCUCAUCAGCUCACUUCCUUUGCUGCCACUUUCCACCUUCAACUCAUAUACCUGUGUAGUGUUCAACUCAAGUGGAAUCGAAGUGCACAAGACCACAAUCCAAUUGGAACAAGUCUCACCAGAGCCUGGAACAGGCACCAGGGAUGAUCUAAUUCUACCCUCCAAAGUAGUUGCUCCUGUCGUGGUCAUAGGAUCCCUCAUUGUAGGAUUGCUGCUUUUAUUGGUGUUUCUUAGAAGGCGAUCACAACCAGGUCAUGGUCAUGCUGUUCCGUCAAAUGAUAAUGAUGUUGAGGAGGGAGACUCUGCAAUGGAAUCCUAAUUUACUGGCAACCUCUGAGAUUAAGGCUUCCUUGUUUAGUGGGAUCUGUUUUACUUUAUCAAUUCAAAAUAACUAUGUUUGAUCAGUAAUGACUUGUAGAAACAUGGUUCAUCAGAGGAUCUUUAAUCCCUCCAAGCAAACAGUUUUGAGGUAUUGAGUCAAGUCUAAGUGAAAUAAUGCAAGUCAGUUGCAAAUAUAUAUGCUAAAGAUACAUUCAUCAUAUGUCAUGGUGAAUACAGAACUUCAAUAAAAGAUGCUAGAUCUCUGUUUAGCCAUUGCUUUAUUGUAUUUAGUCAGAAUCAUAAAUGAGUUCAGAAACGUUCUUUGCUGUCAGUAAGUUGCACGGAAAGAUAAAACUGACAGAUGGAACAUCUCAGUUCCAGUAAAAUGUUGCUAAUCUCGUUUGUUUUAUGCUGAGGGAAUAUUUGUUGUUGUAUGGUGGUAGAGCAGGUCAGUCACCUGUUGUAAAAUGUUCUGUAAGGAAUAUGCAAGAGAGAUUCAUGUUGGGCACAAAAACAUAAGACUAGUCAACAAAAUUGUUUCCAAAAUGCUUGUUUAAAGGUUUAAAGGAUACAAAACUUCAGUUAUUGUUUGAAUUAUUUCCCAAAUGGAAGUUACAUCAAACUUAUAUACCUUUUAUAAAUGCACUAUCUUCCUCCAUUGUUUUGUUAUUUUUUAAUGUCAAAAUUAAAUAGACAAUGGGACUUUCAUUGUUUUAUGGUGUUUGUUAGUUUUAUGGUAUAUGAUCACUGUGACUUUGGGACUUAUGGUUAUAUACUCGAUGCAAUGACAAAUUAUUUGUAUAUUAUUUCUUCCUUUCUUGACUUAGAUAUAAUUUCUGUCUGCAGCAUGAAUUUCUCAGCUUCACUUUUGUAAACAGAGCAAUUAGUUUAAACUGUCCAUAAAAAUUGUGACGCGCUAUAUCCCGUUAGAGAUUUUACAUUCAUAAUGUGUUCAAUGAUUCUGUUUUGUGUUGUUUGUGAGGAACACUGUUUCCAUGAUUUGUUCUUUCAGUUUUUUCCCCAUCUACUGAUAUAAUCUGUUAUUAGACAUCCUCUUCCUGUUGUUCUAAAUCUCAUACUUUUACUUUCACCUGAGAUUUUUUAUCUCUGCCAAAAUGUACUAAUGUUUGCCAUGUAAAAGAACACUCAGGUAAAUCCUGUACUAAGUAACUCAUUAAUAAAGGUAAAAAAUCAUUAACUAUGUUAAGGCUUUUUAUUUCUAUUUUUGAAUGCUUGGACUUCUGUUAUUAACUGUCAAGAGAGUUCCGUGAAACAAUUAAUACAAACAAUACUCAUUUAUUGGAUAUUUGAGUAUUUUGCUCUAAGAAUAGAAGACAAGUAAGAAUCUGGCAACUAUGUUAAUCCUGCCAUCUGCUGUUGAAAUAGCAGUAUGCUAAUUUGAAGCUCUUGUGGAACAUUUGCUCUUCCAAACAUCCAUUUGUUACCACUGAAGGGGGCGUGGGGAAAACUGGAGCCUAUCCCAAUGGGAUAUGGACAGUCUGCCAGCCCAUCACAGGGCCACACACACAAGACAUACACUCUCACACCUAAGGACAAUUUUGGAAUGUCCAAUCAACCUAAC